GAGGUAGAGGGAGAGUGCAGGUGGGGGUGAGAUGGACUACAUACAACAAACUUUUAAGAAUGUCCCGAGACUUCAAAUACGGAUCCAAAAAUCUCUCUCUCACACACACACUUUGAACACCUUUUUUUUGACAGAAUGAGUGACCUGGCGGUAGGCGUGUCUGUCAACAGUCAUCACAGAGCAAAGAACUCUACCUUUCGGAAGGAGGUGGGAAGGGGGCAAGCAGCACCAUAGAGUUGUCUUUUCUUCGAACGACACCACGUCAGCAUAUUCUCGCUGCUCAAAUGACCGGUAAGACCGAGAUCUCACGGUCCCUUCUCCGUUAAGGACGUUGUGGGCCGUAAUUUGCCCUCCCCUGGCUCCCACCCUUGCUUAGACCCUGGCUUACUCCCCUGCUUAGUCACAAUUCCCACGCAUCUGGGAGGAGAAGGGUCGUCAGACACCUCUAGAAGACUAUGACAUGGAUGUGUCAGUAAUGGACUACAAGAACUAUGUUUAUGGUUAACAGCAUGGAUACCUCAUGGAGAGGAAACUGAAUAUGUUUGGAGAAAAGAAACAAAAAACUUGGAGGUUAUGAAAGGUGGGACCGGAGAGAGAGGUGCGAAGCUCAAUAAACAGCCAGCGACGGUUUAAAGAAAAGACUGAUUGUGAGUGUUACCAUCGUGCUCCACCCACGGCACAUCAACCACAGCCUACAGUGUUGUGUAGAUGCUGUGAACGAGAAGAUUACAUGCAGAGCACAUGAGGUGGUCUUAAAAAAAAGACAAAGAAAAAAAAAGAUAAAAAAGAAGGAAAGAAUUUGGAAGACUGCCUUGUUUUGGAUUGGACCAAAAAAAAAAAAAUAUCACCUCAACAGUGCCACAGAUUCAACGUUUCCUCAGUUGUCAGCACGAGACUGGAAGAACAACGACCUGCUGUGACAUCACAAAUAAUAUGUUUAACUCUUCAGCACAGUCAAGCAACGUGCCACUAGGUGUGAAGGCGAGGUCACCCAAGUUCAAGAGAAGUAAGUCUGGCAACUUUUCAUGACGACGGAAACAUUGAAGGCUUUUUGUGAGAAAUUUGUUGUUGAUUCAAAGACCAGAACAUUCGGUGAUCACGGGGCAGUGACAUCGAGAAAACAUUUAUGCGACCUACACAAAGCCGCCGAAGAAAGUUGAAAAGGAAAUGUUUAUGUUCAUCUCAUCAAAGCGCGCGGUCGGUUCCCGGUGUCGGAGCGGCAAAUAAUAUUAAAAAAAAAAACCGACAGAAAUUCUCUAAACAUUUAGCCAGUGACUAGUACAGUGCUUUUGUUAACCUCCGUGUAGGCUUUAAGUGGAUCUUUAGUAGCGCCUUCUUACAAAGAGAAGGCCUCGACUAUGCCAUUUCACUGAGACGAUAAUAAAAGUAUCAACAAUUUAUUUUCUUCUUUCGAUCAAGCGACACACGAACAGUCUAUUCCUCUUGGCAGCAACUGUGGUGGUUAAAACAAAAAUUAGUGUUCUUGGGGAGACCGAGACAGUGAUAUUGUGUUUUGUGAACUUUGCCUCGUUACUCCACGAGUGAUCAAAAUCUGGGCAGAACGAUGACUUUGUAAAAACAAUGAUGUGAACGUUGAUUUUCUUUAUAAUAAUUUCGUUUCACAAAAAAAGAAUUACAAGCCGUCGUGGGUCCAUGGUGUGGCUCACUUCAUAUGUUUCCUAAAAAUCGUGGGGAUUGGUGAACUUGUUAGCGGACGACGGGAACCCGAGGAGGAUGUGGUGUGAUGGUUGACACUGGGCACCUGGCCGAGAGUGAGAGACCUGGAGGCAACUCUAGACAUGGGCACCUGUCUGAGCUGUCUCGAUCUGGAACAAGACCUGCGCCCUGAGGCACCUACAGCUUCUCCAGGCAGCGGCAUGGGUCAACCAGGGAGCAAGCUGCCCAAGGAGAAGGUGCGCGCGCUGCAGCGGAAGGUGAGCUUCUCGGAGAAGGAGAUCCAGGACUGGUGGCGCGAGUUCCUGCGCAGCGCCAGGCGCACGGCGGGCAAAGGUCGCUUCCUGACGGAGCAGGAGUUCGUGCAGGUGUACAACUCCGUGUACCCGGGCGACGGCCACGACUUCGCUCAUCACAUCUUCAGAACGUUCGACAAGAGCGGCAACGGUCACGUGGACUUCCACGAGUUCCUCAUCGGCAUGUACAGCAGCGGCAGCACCAAGCCGGAAACGAGACUUCGCUGGGCCUUCGAACUUUACGACAUCAACCAGACUGGCUUCAUUACCAAGAAGGACAUGGAGGAAAUAAUUCGGUCCGUGAUGAAGAUGCUCAAUCCGGCCCUCAGUUCUCGAGAUUCCGGCUACGCAGAGACGAUGGCUAACGACCUCUUUGGGCAGCUGGACCGGAACCGGAACAGCAGGAUUUCGUGGGACGAGUUCCGCGACGGCGCCAUGAGAUGCUCGCUUGUCGUCGACCUGCUGCAGUGCGCUCCCCCUGGCGAAGAUGACGAAGUGUUUCAAUGACUCAUCCGGGUUCUUUCCCCCUCGUCAUUUGAAAGAGAGGCAACAUGGAGGCCGUGAAAACAAAUUAACAAAAUGCAGCAGUAGUGAGAACAGUGGAGGCAACAACCAGACGAUAAACAACAAUGGUAAAAGCUAUGACGUAAGGCAAGCUAUUGUUUAUGUAAACAAUAAUGGGAAAUCUGUGAAGUAAACUACGGCAAAAUAACUGCAUAAUCUCAAGGAAAACAAAGAACCAAAGAAGCAUGACGAAGACAAUUGGUUAAUACAAGAAAAUAAAUACUACAACAGGACUUCAACCGUUAAAAUGCAGCGGACUGGUCCUGAGUGGCAGUCAUUUAAUUUAUGAACUUCUGUGUACAUACAUUCUGUAUGACUCUUCUACUGGAGACAGUCACGUGACACCCAGUGUUGAUAACAAGACCUCUGGGGCAAGCUGCUCAGGUGUGGUCACAAUCAUUUAGUGCACUGCUAAUAGUAAUUGGACUCGCUGGCAGGAGAGUGAGCUCUUCUCAUUUCGACAGAACGCUUGUGAGGACGAAUGUGUGCGAGAACAGACUUUUGGUCAUCGUCAAUUAUCAUCUGGUCAUCAACAUUGGUGUUCUUUUGUCAAGAAUAACAAAAGUUUGGUCAUCAGUUAGGAGAUGUGGAUGUCUCGACUGCCAUGUUUGUCAAACGAGGUUCGCCUUCCCUGGACACCUUCCUGCGGAGCCGUGUGGUCAAUAUUUAUUUACAACAUUAUUGACACACAUGUGCAUCCUUGAGAAACAUCGCAAAGCACACCCUUCUGCCAGGAAUAUAUUACAAAUUAAUUUGUAAUGUUUGUUCCAGGGAUAAAAAGGUCUCCUAUUCAUAUGACUUCAAGGUUUGACCCUAAACAUUUUUAGAGCUGUUUUUUUAAGGUCAGGAAAAAUCUUUUUAGGACAUGAUGAAUUUUGUCUUUUCAUUUUUCUGCGUUUAGCACAUCACAAGAAGCCAGCGGACCUACCUGUCAGUUUAAAUUUAAGAUCCAGAUAUGUUGUCACCAAUGAUUUCAGGGAGACAUUGACUGCGAGCCUCGCACAGACUGCCGGGAGUGUUCCAAAGAUCUCAGGUUGUGGAACAUGGCAUUAUCAUGCUUAAGUCGCCAUUAUUAUUAUUCGUUAUCAUCGUUAAAAUUAUUGUAUGGCAAUGAAUUCAUCCUCGGAAGGUAUUCUUUCUCUUUGUAUUUUUCGAGUCAUUCCUUUUCGGACACAAGCAGAGCUGAACAAAUACGAGUAACAUAAACAAGAGUGCUUAAUAUUCACACACAAGAAAAAAAAUCUGUUUUCUAAAUAGAUAGAUAAUGUGUGUGUAUAUGUGUGUGUGUGUGUGUGUGUGAGAGAGAGAGACUGUACAUGGUGUAAGGAUGUGUUUUAUGUGACCGUUCUUUUUUAUGGGGCCAUUGCUUCGAUUUCUUGAAUUAAUGGUUUGCUGAGUCAUUACAUCAAUGUUUAUGUAGUUUAUAUUGAUAUGCACUAAGACAUUAAUUUCCACAGGGGGAAAACAACUUCAGUGGGGGUUUGCCGCACGGAAAGAUAAGUUAGAUAAGCCAUGACUUGCUUUUUUGGCACAAAAGAAAUCGCAUGUCAAAUGGUCUUUUGGUAAGAUCAGAGAACGGCCUGAACACAUGUGAACUUGAUCCCUCGUCUGUUCUCGCUGCCAACUUUCUUAGUUGUCCUAUCCUGAACGAUUUUAUCUUUGAUGGUCCUUCUUGACUCUGUUCCCACUCUCUACUGGUAAUCCUAACCUUUUCUGGUGCUAAGACGACUGUGUGGGAGGCCUAUCAGCACCUGCUAAAGGCCAACGACUUCUCCAUGUUGAAGAUUUCCACAAGACGUGUGAGCUCUUUUGUCCAACGUGUGAUGCCGACAGCGAGGACCAGAACGGCAUCAGUCCUUGCAGACCUCCAUUCUCCCAACAGGCCUUUCAGUAUUAACGAAAGUGGAUUCAUCCUGGUCUGCACUUCCAUUGGACUUCCAUCUAUUCGUCUUUCUGUCUGCUUUCUUCAUUGUUUGCCUUUCCUGUUUCGUCUGCUGGUCUUUCUGUGUUUUCAUGAUGUCACACAUGAUGAAUGUUUAUUACUGUGAGCUGAUUAGUCAAACUUAGUGUAGCGUUAAUUUGUUUAAAUUUAAAAGAUUUUUGAAAGUUUAUUGUAUUAUUUUGUUAUUGUGUUGAUCUAGUCAAAGAUGUCACUGGAUCAUUCAAUCUGUUCCUUGAUUGUUUUAUUUGCUCAAUGCCAGUGUCGAUCACAGUUUUUGUAAUUUGUGUGUGGAUAUGCGUUUGACAAUGUAGUGUUCCUGAUGUUAAGCAGAUUCAGUUGACUAAGUUGCUUGGUUGAGGAUGUACUAAUUAAAGUCACAAGAAUCGUG